AUGGAAGAAUACAAACAGAGGUACCUACAAUAUUUUCUUAAUCGGAAUAAUGAGGUUAGCUUGGAGGAUUAUGUAGAGAAAAUAAAGGCCCAAGAAGAUAAACUCCUUGGUUGUUAUGGAAACGCUCAGCACUUCAAGAAGGGCGACAAUUUUGUAUGUAUCAUUCUAGUUGAUGCCGCCUUUGUCAUUGAGCUAUUGUUGAGGUACUAUUCCGAAGAAUUGCGAGAUGAUAAUGACUGGAUAUUUAAAAAACCAUGGAUGUUAACAAAUAUAGUGCCCGACAUGCUUUUGCUCGAAAAUCAGCUGCCAUUUUUCAUUCUUGAGGAUCUUUUCGACGCAAGCAAAGUCAGAGUUAAGAAUUCUGAGACAGCUGGGAGGCCUUCAAUGAUUAAGCUCUCUUACCGUUUCUUCAAAAAGGUAGCGGGUUUACAUUGGUCGGAAGACGAAUUGAAGUGUACUAAACCACCUUUACAUUUUGUUGAUUUUAUUAGAACUUUACAUGUGCAAUAUUUGGAUACCGAUACCUCAAGAGCUGGAGAACUCCCAUGUAUACCCAGCGUGACAAAACUACACCGGGUCGGAGUUAAGUUUCGUCCGGAAUCAAGCAACGACUUAUUCGCGAUACAGUUCCAAAGUGGAACUCUGAAAAUUCCAAAACUAGAAAUACAUGAUGACACAGAGCUUAUACUCAGAAAUCUCAUUGCAUUUGAACAAUGCCAUUGCACAGACAAUUACUUAAGCGAUUAUGUUUUCCUCCUGGAUAAAUUUGUAAACACCAAAUGGGAUGUAGACUUGCUUGUUGAGAGUGAAAUUGUUGUAAACACACUAGGUGACAACAAUAAGGUUUCUACUAUGAUUAACCAUCUUUGCAAGGGGGUUGCUCCGGACCAGCGAAAGUUCUAUUUUGGUGGUCUUGCUGCCGAGCUAAACAACCACUGCAAGAAGUGCAGGAACAGAUGGAUGGCAUAUUUGAGCCAAAGGUAUUUCAACACACCCUGGGCAGCUCUUUCUCUCUUUGCAGCGGUUACUCUUCUCAUACUCACUGUCAUACAAACAGUGUUCACUAUUAUCUAA